AUGCAGAUAUAAUGCUUGAUGCAGCUAAAGGGAAAAAACCCGAGGAGCUACUGAUCACGUACAAGGGGGUGCUAUACCCUAGUGAGUUGUGUUGCGCUGAGACCUUCCAAGCACUGGACACCAUGGAAGUUAGAAAAGAUGAUGUGUUCCUAGCUGCUUAUCCUAAAUGCGGAACUAAUUGGGUUCUACACAUUUUAAAUGACUUGACAUCUGCAGUUCCAAAGAAUAAGGAGGAGGUACCACCAAGAGAGCAUAUCCAAAUGCUUGAAUUUGGAGUUCCAGAAAAAUUUCAGAAAAUGAAAAGUUUUUCUUCGCCACGUGUUUUUACCACACAUCUCCAUUAUGAUAAUAUUCCCAAGGCUGUUUUGGGGACUAAUGCAAAGGUACUGGUGCUAUUUAGAAAUCCAAAAGAUGCAGUUGUAUCCUAUUACCACUUCUACAACAAAUGUCCUGAGCUUCCAAAUGUCAGCUCCUGGGAUGAGUUCUUUCAGAAGUUCAUGAGUGGAGAAGUCACCUGGACUUCAUAUUUUGACCAUGCUCUUUCCUGGAACAAACACAUGGAUGAAGAGAAUAUCAUGAUCAUCACAUAUGAAGAAAUGAAAGAGAACUUUCAUGGAGAAGUGAAACAAAUAGCUGAAUUUUUGGGGUUCUCUCUGCCUGAUGAGAAGAUUCAGUCUAUUGCAGAGAAUUCCACCUUUCAAUCAAUGAGCAGCAAAUCCCAAGAAACACAUGGCAAAUUUGCUCCCAUGCUUUUCAGAAAAGGUACUGUUGGAGAUUGGAAGAAUCUCUUCACUGAAGCUCAGAGCCAGGAAAUGGAUGCCAAAUUUAAAGAGUGUUUAGCUGGAACUAAACUGGGAGCAAAGCUAAAAUAUGAUAAAUACUGCAAAUACUAA